AUGACUAGUGGGACAACCUUGCAAGAUAUGAAUGCUAUAGCCAGCAAACAUGAUGCAUCUUCAAAUAUUGUGGACAUCUCUGGUUGUGAUGAAAAUGGAAGGAGCGCAACCAAGGAUAGAAAGAGGGCAUUGGUAGCAAGCGAUUCCGAAGAUAAUGAUGUACUUGACCUGGGAAUUAUUCCAGAAAGCACACACCGUGAUGGUUCUUUAUACAGGAACACUCAUUCGUGGAAAAGGGAUUAUAAUGUUGAUGACCGUAGUGAGACUCGGCUACCAGAUCCCACAGAUUGCGACAUCCGCAAUGGAGAAUGCAUUCGGCAUCGACCUAAUCGCGUGUUACAAAUUUUCUCAUUAAAGUUGGCUGAACUUACUGUGGAUCUUGGCCCAGUAGAGUUGUAUGGAUACAUAGCAGUGCGGGAUUAUCUGGAUACAUUGCGUAAUUAUGUUGUCAAUAUAAGCAGGGAUGAUCCCAUCCUUGUGAAGCAGGGUUCUCUCAUCGACAUGGCUGGCCCUAAGCGAGGGAUAGAUUUGAUUUCCACUAUUCUAGUGGAAUAUGACAUGAGGAUCAAGGUAGGUGAGGAAGAAAGGGAUGAUUACCAGCUGAUUGAUGGUGUAACAGACAUAGCCGACCUGGGCCCAUGGAAUUGUGCAUUGAAAAAACGCAUCCAAGGCGACUGUGGUGCGGUUGACUUAACCAUAGCACGUGUUGAUGACGCAGUCAUGGCGAAUAUUGAAGUUGCCGUGUCAGAAGUGCAGAGCAGUUUUCAUCUGCGCUUGCGCUGUUUUAUCGGUGGUUAUAACGAAGGAAUUCGGCUCUUCAAUGGUACAGUUGGCGAGUCACGUCAUUUAAAGAGGUCUGUGGUUGCUGUAGUGGAUGGUUCCACUCUGGUUUUGAAGUUCAAGGUGGCCUCGGGGCCAUCUAGUUCAGUGGAACGAUGUUGUUCCUUCAAGGCAGACACGCAUGGACUUGAUACUCGAGAGAUAAAGACUGGUUUUGGGUUGAUCUCAGUGAAGGUGACUUGGUCGACUUUGCUUACCGUCUACCAUUUGGGGUACACUGGUUCUGGUAUCUUUCACAAAACUGGGAAAAUAACCGUGAUCGUCGGGUACAUUGACCCGGAGUUCAUCAACGGCCACGGGCCGAGCGCCGAGUCCGACGUGUACAGCUUCGGCGUCGUGCUCCUCGAGAUCGCCUGCGGCAGGCGGCCGACGUCGAGGGGGCCGGGUCAGGCCUCAGCGGCGCUGCUGGCGGCGGUCCGGGAGAUGUACCGCCGGAACCAGAUCCUUGACGCGGCGGACAAGAGGGUCGACGGUGAGUUCGACAUGCUGCAGAUGGAGCGUCUGCUGACAGGGCUUUGGUGCGUGCACCAUGAUCCGGUGCGGCGACCGUUGGUGACGCAGGCUGUCGAUGUGCUACGAUCUCACGACGCCAAGCUCCCGGUGCUUCAAGCGGUGCGUGGUUUUGGGGAGAUUCACUCAUUGGAGGGACAGGCUUACGGUGAUCUGCCCGCCGAGGACUCUGCUUAUUUGCAUGAAACUACGUACCUUAGUGCUACUGAGGACUGA